AUGGAGUCCAGAGCGUCUCUCUCCGUUCUCACCCUGCUGCUUGGCUUCUCGCAAGCUCUCCAUCUCGACCAACCUCAGCACGUGGACAUCACGACACAGAUUCUCACCACCAACAACGCAUCAUUAUCCUACUGCUUAUUGGUUUUGUUGUCCUUAUCCCUUUUUGUUUCUCUGUAUGAAGGAUCCAGUGAACUGCUGUUGGAGGGAGACAUACUCUUGCCAAGAAACAGGAACGCUCUGGUCUGCGCCACCAAAAACUGCUUUUGGAAGAAGUCCUCAAAUGGCUUAGUGGAGGUGCCUUUCACACUGAGCCGUGUUUUCUCUUCCUCUGACAAGACUGUAAUUGCCAACGCCAUGGCCACCUUCCGCAGCAAAACCUGCAUUAGUUUUGUUCCCAGGACAAAUCAAACUGACUACCUGAGCAUCGAGAGCAAAGACGGAUGCUACUCUAAUCUGGGCAGAACAGGUGGUGCUCAGGUGGUCUCUCUCAGCAGGUUGGGUUGUGUUUACUACGGCAUCGUCGAGCACGAGCUGAACCACGCGCUCGGUUUCUACCACGAGCAUACUAGGAGUGACCGUGAUCAGUACGUCACCAUCAACUGGGAAAACAUCGACCCAAAAAUGCAGUCUAAUUUCAACCUACAGAAAACCAACAACCUCAACACGCUGUACGACUACUCCUCUGUGAUGCACUAUGGGAAAACAGCUUUCUCCGUCAACGGUCAGGACACCAUCACUCCUAUCCCUGAUCCUUCAGUGAAGAUUGGACAGAGAAAUGAGUUGUCCGCCAUCGACAUCCUGAGGAUCAACACUCUCUACAAGUGCUGAACUUGGUCUUUUGGCUUGAUUUAACUUUGCUUUAAUAUUGUAGAA